GGAUAGCUCAACGGGAGAGAGAACGGCUGAGAGAGCAGGCCAGCAAUAUGAAUCCCGCAGAGCGUGAAAGCAUCCUGAAGCAUCACCUCCCAGAACCUAUUCCCUUGGCGGACAUAAGGCACAGACGCAAGAAGCCGCUCCGAAAGACUCCAAUCCGUACCUUUCUCAAGACACUGUUGUAUCAAUUUACCUACACGGUGAUUCAUAUCUUCUUCGGAAUCUUCAUCCGUCUCAGUCAGACCUACCAUGCCGUUGUGGACCGCAUUUUUGCUAUCGUCUAUUACCAUCAUCGCGCACCGGAAUUGAUCCAGAAGGAUGUCAAGGGUUUGGAGCGUCUACCGGAGCAUCUGAGUGUUAUACUGUCGUUACGAAGGGAGGAUGAUGCACUGACUGUGUUGAUGGACGAGGUGGCUGAAUUGGCUGCCUGGAGCACUUGUGCAGGGAUUCCUGCGUUGACAGUUUAUGAGAAGACCGGAAUCCUCAAGUCAUACAUUCCCGCUCUCUACCGAGCCAUCACAACAAAGUUCUCUUCUUACUAUGGCCCUUCGCAGAAACCGAAUCUGCUACUCUUCGCGCCUCAUCAUCCCGUUUACAACCCCCCGCGAAAUGAACCACUCCCGGAUAGCAGAGCCUCCGGUUCGAAGUCCCUAGUGUUACUUAUCCUCUCCGCCACCGAUGGCCGAGAGACUUUUGUGGACUUGACAAAGACACUAGCAGAAAUGUGUCAGAACGGCAAGCUAUCGCCGAAGGACAUCACCACGGAAUUAGUCGAUGCGGAAAUUAGCGAGAUCACUACGCAACCGUCCCAGCCUGCUCACAGUAACGGCGAGACGGAGGGUGCUGUUACUCCCUAUAUAAAGCCCGAGCCAGACCUUUUAUUGGUUUUUGGCCCUUCUCUGAUAUUGGAUGGAUAUCCUCCGUGGCAUAUCCGGCUCACCGAGAUGUUCUGCACAGGGGCCAGGACCGGCGACAUGUCAGGAUACGGCGAGGCGGUCGAAUAUCAAGGAUUUUUGCGGGGCUUGUGGCAUUAUGCUGGAGCUCAGAUGAGAUUUGGACGGUGAUAGUGGGUGCUGGUAGUAAUAUUCUAUCAUCUAUCAUUGUCUUUCGUUUCCAAAACGAACCAAAAAAAAACCUUCAUUUACUCUUCUUUCGAUCUUGAGGAGGAAUUCAUGGCCACGGCAGCACUCAGUUAGCAUCUUGUAUCAUAAAUGUUGAUUACUACAAUGGGUAGUAGGGUCUAUCAAGGGAUCUUUUUAAUUUCACGAACCCUUUGAUUGAAUGGUGGUUUUUGACCCUGCGCGGACAUUACAAGAGAUCUAUGCAGAAUUUGAAGCGCUCAGUACUCUAAUAGUAAUAGAAAUCUGGAUAGCAGCCUGUCAC